AUGAAGAAGAAAGCGUCCUAUCAGUUUUCUGUGUUUCAACGAAGUGAACUACUAAAUUUUGAUGAAUAUAUUCCUACAUAUUCCACUAUAACUGAUCAACAAAUCAGUAAAGGUGUAAACUACGCUAGUGGUGCAGCUGGCAUUAGAGACGAAACCGGAAGUCAUCUCGGUGGUCGAAUAAGCUUGGACAUGCAACUACAUAAUCACUGCACUACAGUGUCACGAAUUUUUAAAUUGCAACAAAACAAGACGUUCACCAAUGGAUACCUACACAAGUGCAUUUAUUUAGUGAAUAUUGGAAGUAAUGAUUACAUUAACAACUACUUAAAGCCAACUUAUUACCCCACCAGCCAUAUAUAUACCACAGUCAAGUAUGCAAAAGUGCUCGUGCGACAAUAUUCUAAACAACUAAAGACUUUGUACGAUUUGGGAGGUCGAAAGAUUGUUGUUUUUGGCCUUGGUCCAAUCGGUUGCACUCCAGCUGAGAUAUCCAACUUUGGCAUUGAUGGAGAAUCAUGUGUUGAGGCAAUAAACGAUGCAGUCAAACAAUUUAAUGGCAAUCUUAAGUCUCUUGUUGACAAGCUAAACUCAAACAACCAGGAUGCGAAGUUCACAUUCAUCAACCUUACAAGCAUUGCACUACAACGACCAGGUUUGGGGUUGUCUAAUGGUCCUUGUUGUGAAGUGAGGGCAGAUGGACAAUGUAUUAAAAACACAGAUAUAUGCCCUGUUCGAGCAUUGUCACUUUACUAUGAUGGUUUCCAUCCCACAGAAAUUGCUAACACUAUCAUUGCAACAACAUCAUUUUAUUCGGUCUCACCCAUGGAUGCUUCUCCAUAUGAUAUUAGUCACUUGAUUCGACUAUGACAAUAAAGAUGUUCGACAUGGUUAUGUGAUUCAAUUAACAUAAUUGCAAAUUAGAUCAUAAGUAGAUAUCUCAAAAGUGUUUGAUUUCACAAAAAGGUC